CUUUAUUAUUACUUCCCGAACUUGUAUGGCGGAGGUGACACCUACGUGCCCAGGGUGUUUUGCGACUCGGGUCCUUUUCUGUGAAUGACAGCCCCCCCCCUUUGUUCGCAAUUUGAUAGCAGACUACGCAGUCACCGACGUUGUCACUGCGCAAGUACGCAGCUCUCAAAAAGGGAGGAAAGUGCUAAGCUUUGACAUAUUGAAGAAUGAAGAGAACGAGUUUUUCUCUGUUUUAGUUUAAGAUUUGAUUUACUGCUCGUGCCAGAGCGAGCUGGGGCGCACUGGCAACUUCGUCUGGUUAUCUGGAAUUUUUGCGGCGGCGACCACUGGUCCACACUACGAUAUGUCAAUAGACCGUCGGUCUCUUGUCAGAGGUACCCUGUGUUUGCUGCUGGCCUGUGUUUUUCACAACAAAUGCCGACACCUGUAGAAUCUUCCGGCCAUAUGUUGUGCAGCCAGGUCUGGGGAGCUAAUACGGACAGAGGCGUCGCACAUGUCGGUGUAUCGUCAUAUCUCUUGGGGGGUCGCCUUGCAUACACGAAUUCUCCUUCGAGUCUCACCCUUAACCAGUUUUUUCUGUCCGUGUUUCAUGUUUCCAUUUUGCUUUUCCUGAGAUGCCUCACGGAUUCGCCCUCCUCGCGGCACUUUCCGGUCUGGGGGCCUCGGCCUCACACACGACAUCUACCAACGACGUCGCAGACCUUUUCCAGACGGGGUGGAAUGCGGCACCGUUGACUUCUGUUCCCACUUUCGUUUCGGCUGUGAGUAAAACCGUUAGUGGAGCACUGCAUCAGGGGUUGGCUUUUCUAGGACAAGCAGCAGGCGGAGCCAAGUUCGCGAGCACUGCAGCUGGGCCCGUAUCAUCCAGUGCUUCUUCGUCUUUCUUUUGCACAGGUAGUGUUCCAAUCUAUAGUGGUGGUUCCUCGUCUGGGAUGUCAGCUGGAGCAGGAGCUGCACAUGCUGGAACUCAGGCGAUCGCUUCGAAAUUCCUGUGUUCUUCCGCUCACCAUGCUACGAAAGGUGCUGCAGAUGUGGGUUCCGCAGGCCCUGCUGGCCUCUUGUAUACCGCGAAAGGGGCCUCUUCAGCUGGCCUAGGGAGCGCUGCAGGAAACUCGGCUUUGAUUAACGCCAGUGGCAGACACGCUGCCCACUUCCUUGCCUUCACAGGGGUGGGGGAUUCCCACGCGACUGCAGUUUCGACAGCAGUCGCCGGAGGAGGAUCAGCGUCAUCUGGAGCCGCUGUAGGAGAUUCAGGACUCCUGCCAGGAGCAGGAGUAUUAAUCGGGGCACCGAAAGGCCUGUCCAUCUUCGGAGGAUCAGCAGCAGGUGACUAUGGAUUGAAUUUAUUACAGGUUUUGCAUGCAGAUAAUUCUGGACCGGUAGCUGGAGGCGCAGCAGUGGCGACAUCAAAAGGUACGCUUUUCGCCCAUUCUUCGAUUCAUUCAAAAAAAGUGAUUCUUACAAAAGCAGUAGCACACAGUGGAAAGAAAGCAUUCGGAAGGAAAACUUCAUUUUUAGGAAAGAAGACCAAGGGAAGCGCAGGCAAAAGCAGUCGUGAGGCAGCGCGUAGGGAGAAGGCAGCUCGCAAAGCAGCAGAGAAAGAAGCAAAAAAAAAGGAGGCGGCCGCUAAGAAGGAACAAAAGCGAGCAGAGGCUGAGAGGAAGAAGGCGGAGAAGGAGCUGAAAAAAAAGGAAGAGGCCGAUAGGAAGCGGGAAAAAAAGAUUGAGAAGGAGAAUGAGCGGUCCCGGGCGAAAGAACAACGUCGCCUGGAGAAGCAGGAGAGAAAGAAAUAUCGCGAGGAGAAGGAGCGUCUUCGAGAAGAGCAGCGUCGGUACCGGAAGCUAAGAAAGGAGGAGCAAGAGUUGGAGAGACAGAGGGAAAAAUACCAAGAAAGCAGAAGCCGACGGGGGCAAUAUGACCUCAGUGACUACGGUAGUCCGUCGUAUGGCCGUAGCUAUGGUCCGUCAUAUAGAAGCGGGUAUGGUCCGUCCUAUGACGGCGGUGGGUAUGGCCCGUCAUAUAGAAGCGGGUAUGGUCCGUCCUAUGGCGGCGGUGGGUAUGGUCCGUCCUAUGGCGGCGGCGGGUAUGGCCCGUCCUAUGGCGGCGGCGGGUAUGGCCCGUCCUAUGGCGGCGGCGGGUAUGGCCCGUCCUAUGGCGGCGGUGGGUAUGGCCCGUCCUAUGGCGGCGGUGGGUAUGGCCCGUCCUAUGGCGGCGGUGGGUAUGGCCCGUCCUAUGGCGGUAAUCAUGGUCCGACUAGCCAUCACGAUGACUUAUAUGGGAGCAGGUCUGGGCCUACUGUCACCGAAGCUCCAUAUCGUCCAACUACUGCUUACGGAACGCCUUCAAGGAACGUCACUUCAACCCCCUACGGGGUUCCUGCAGUACCUCGUGAAGCUCAUGGCGUGACGGGAGGGUCAGGGGGCAGUGCAGGAGGGCCGGUUCAAUACGUCUAUUCACAGCCCGGUGAAGCUGCUACCGGGACGAAAUCUAUCCGUGUUAUCCAAGAUGUAGCCGAGACAAAAAACGGGGUUACGACACACCAUGUCACGGAAACAGUCUCCUCCUCAAGAGCGGGUGUCCCUUCUGGGUCUGUUCCGGGUAUGACCAUUGGAGGAGCUGCAGCUAGCGGCUAUGGGGGUGUUCACGGCCCAAUUGGCGGAGGUGAGUAUCAUGGUGAGGAAAUGAGCACUUACGAGGGGGGCGAAGAAGAGGGCGAAGAAUUUUUGAGUCUCAGGACACUGCAGCUCCAAGCGACCACACUCUUCUUUGGCUUUUUCGGGAGGCUAGCUGACACAGGCCGAGAAGACCGACACAGAACAUACAGAUGCACUGAUAACAGGACGCAUAAAACAUGGAGUGCCAAGAUUCUCAAACGAAGAACGGAACGAAGGGCACGGUUCGCCGUUUUGAGAGAGACUUGGAUUGCUGAGGCUGAGCGUCGCUUAGAGGAAGGGAAAUUUCCUUUUCUGCUUGUUGAAUCUUUGCGUGACGUUAAGUCAGAAAACAGGGAAAUCAAUGUGGCGUACUCCGAGCUUAAAGAUACCGACAGUGGCAGUACAGCGCCGGACACAGCGAGCGGUGACGAAACACAUGUUGGAAGCACAGUCAGGGAGACUCGAAUCUGGUCGGAGGAGAUGGAUGUGGAGCUGUUGCGGAGCACCUGUGGAGUUGGCUGGCAACCUGAUCGAUCUACCGAGUUUACGAAAGACGCAAAGCUUGCGGAUCUUCGGGAAGAAGCGAAUCAUGACAGCAGUGGGUAUUGUGGAGAACUGGACUGGAGCUCCGAUGACGAGACAGGCACAGAAGAUGAUGCUCGGUGGACUUCAGAUGAGGAGGCUGACGACAGGCCACAAAGGGAGGGGCCAGGAAGAUUCCAUAUUUCCUGCCAAAGAUUGCAACAGGCAAACCACAAUUCUUUGGGAGGAGAGAAAGUGAUUCAGGAGACAUCGAAAAAGAAAUUCGGAGGUCGGUUACGAGUGGGCUAUUUUCGGAAUGACCGUACCUUUUUUCCCGUGUGUAGCCGCCGCGUCCAGCUUUCCCUUCUUCCUCUCCGUCAACUCAUGUUGAGAAGGCUAAGCACCAGUUUCCCAUUUUGA